AUUCGACUGACUGACCGUCGGGCUGGCAGCAUGUCACAAUAUCUAAUGGAAUUAUGAUGAGCAGGGCGGACUCCAGUUGCAUUCCUAAGCCUGUCGUUUAUUUAUAAGGAUAUUCUUAUUCUCUUUUUUCAAUAUGCUUGGCGAAAGUGUUAAAAGAAAAGCUCAGAACAUUCGCUGAUCAGAGGCGGCGAAUGUGUACAGUGUAAGCAAAUCGUAUAUAGGCUCGAAUAUGAAAGGAGGCCGAGAUGAAAGAAGAACGUGCGCGAAGUUCAUCUCUACCGCCUUAUCGGCGACAAUCACGUCUUGAAACGAGUCGACCUUACAAUUAUCGGAAAUCGGGUGGAGGAGAAAUCAGUGAAAAUCUGGCCGAUAUUUCCGGACCUCUAACAGAGCAUGCUUUACUAGUCGCUCUGCAAAAUAGCGUCUCAUCAAAUAGAUGUUGCACUAAAAUCGGAACGGUGACGGUGGUCUUGAAUAGGCGUCAACGCCAACCGCCCCCACGGCUUUUGGAAGUAACGCCUGUUUGCUCCCAUCUGCGAAAUGUCGUUGACGAAGCUGUCAAUCAGUACUUCGAUACGGGUCAGAGUCAGACGAUCAUUUUAAGCGGAUUAUCGGGAGCGGGAAAAACGGACGCGUGCCGCCGAAUACAACGCCAUUUUUUGGACAUUUGUGGCGGAGGUAAAGAAACUGAUGUUUUUAAGCAUUCUUCCGCCGCAUUAACUGUUCUACACUCGCUUACUACUUGUUCAACCCCUCUAAAUCCUCAUGCAAGCCGAUUGGGUUACUAUUUAGAAAAUCAAAUAACGAAUGGUGCUAUACAAAAGUUGCGAGUAACUUGCUAUUUCUUUGAUUCGUCCCGCGUUGUACGUCUACCUCCUACUGAGCGCAACUAUCACGUCUUCUAUCUUCUUCUAUCAGCACUUUCCAACUCGGAAAAAGCUAAAUUCCACCUGCAAGGAUAUUCGGCGAAUAAUUUGUGUUAUUUAAGUGCCGGCGACGUUAGAACUUUUUCGCCUGAGGAUAAUGUUCAAAGGCUAUCGGCUUGGACGGCCGCCCUAACCGUUCUUGGCAUACCCGUGGCUGAUGUCCUUCGUAUACUUAGCGCAGUUCUCCUGCUAGGAAACAUAUGCUUUAGCGAUGGACCAGACUCUCGCCCUAUACUUCGGGGUGAACAAGAAUUACAAUCUGUUGCCAGUUUACUCGGCUUAUCCUCUUCUUCAUUAAAAGCUGGUUUGACCACUAUUAUGCAACGUGUUAGGAUGCAAAAAGUCUCCUCAAUAGCUGACGCGGCGGCGGCGAAUUCUAUUAGAGACGCGCUAGCGGAAGCCCUUUUUGCCCGAACAAUAACAGCGGUAGUGAGGAGGAUCAAUUGCGCCUCUCGCCGAACCCCUCAAACUUCAACAAUUAACGCAACGACAACCAGUGACAGUAGUCAGGAUUCGAGCGAACAAAGCGUUUCGCACGGUAAAAUCUCACCGGUUGCCGCUACUAUUAGCGUGCUAGAUUUUCCGGGUUUCGAGAAUUUCCGCACCAAUUCAGCUGCUCAAUUGUCUAUGAACAUCGGUGCCGAAUCACUUCAGCAUUUUUAUACUACUCACAUUCUCGCUCAACCGCGAAGGGCUUGUCUUGACGAACAAUUGCAAACGGAUAUCGCCUUCUACGACAAUAGUCCUGUUCUACAGGUGUUAACAGCUCCUCGAACGGGCAUUAUAAGCCUACUCGAUGCUCAUAAUUCCAGUCAAAUGACAGCUAUACGAGAAUUUAUUCAGGAUGUUAGAUCUCAACACACGGCAACGAACUUUGUAUACGAACCUACUGAAACAAAUGCCGACUUCGGAAUAAGACACUUUGCCGAACCCGUUUCGUAUGAUGCUGAAACUUUAAUUAAACAAAAUUCUGACAAUUUACCAAGUAGCAUUGUUAAUAUGUUUUCAACCUCCUCAUUUGGGUUUGCGGCCCAUCUGUUCACCAAUGAAUUGAAAAAUAUGAAUGGAACAACUUCUUGCCGAAUUUGUCCGCCACCUGAUGUUCGUAUUACGAGCAGAAGUUCCGGAUUAUGCCAAGAUGCCUACGCAUUUAUACAAUACGUGAUGGCAAGUGCUAAGAGUGGUUACCCGCAUUUUAUUCAAUGCUUGAGAACCUCGGGGAAAUCGGGCUUUUCGAGAGAACUGGUGGCAAAGCAGACUCGUGCUUUGCAGCUGCUGGAAACUCUUCAUGUUAUGAGUGAUGGUCUUGCCCAUAGAAUUCGCCAUUCAGCUUUCAUAAAUCGGUUCCGUAUUUUAGCUCCUCGAGAUUCAAAAAUAGGAGUGCGUUCUAUAUUGGAAUCUAUAAUUGAUUACUCUAAGGGCACAAGAUCGUGGUGUGCAGGGAAAAAGUACGUCUUACUUAGUGAAACUUGCCGCAAGCGCUUGGAGGAGGCUCGCUGUCGCAGACGAAAUGCUGCGGCCACCAUUAUUCAAGCGUAUUGGAGACGACGUCAAUGCCUUAAGCGUUGGCCGCACCUGAAACGACAUUUAAGGCAGAGACAGAAACCUGCGAUAGUCCGUCGACGACAUCAUUCUUGGAGCGAAACUCCCCCUCCAGCCAUACCCUUACAACGCCCAUACACUAUUGUGGAUGGUAAGAAAGUUGGAUUUCCCCAACAAAGAGUAAUGAAGGAGACUUACAACACAAAUUACGGAGUUUCGUUAAAGCAAGGGCAAGGCAUUACUGUUGUUGGACAAGCAAAACAACCAGGCUACGUGCUUGUUCAAGUUCCCUCUAAGCCAUCUGUACCUGUACCUUUUCAUUUGACAAACAUUCGCAGAUCAUCUAGCGCAACUAAUCUCUCUCUUCCCAUUGACAUUUAA